AUGAGUCAGCAAAUCCCUGACUUUGAUCUCACUCGGUUUUGGGAAAUAGAGGAAUUAUCCAAUCCUAAAGAUUUGUCCCCUGGAGAAAGGCUGUGUGAGGAGCAUUAUCUAUCUCACACUACAAGGGACUCAUCUGGUCGAUAUGUAGUUCGAUUGCCUUUUAAUAGCAAUCAAUCAAAGCUGAGGGACUUUUACACCUCAGCUUCUCGCCGUUUCCACUCACUGGAGAAACGGCUCAUUCGAGACGAAACAAUGUCCGCUGAUUAUAUUGCAUUUCUGGAUGAAUACAUCGAUUUAAAUCAUAUGUCUAUCGCAGAUAGCGCAUGCUAUUCAGCACAGGGAUUCUACCUUCCGCAUCAUGCUGUCAUAAAGCAAGAUAGCAUUACCACGAAAACUCGAGUAGUUUUUGACGGGUCCGCCAAAACCUCAAGCGGGAUUUCCUUGAACGAUACCUUGAUGGUGGGUCCAAAACUUCAAGAUGACUUAUUCAUUAUUCUUACUCGCUAUCGCUCAUAUACUUUCGUCCUCACGGCCGAUAUCGAAAAAAUGUAUCGUCAGGUUUUAGUGCAUCCAGAGGACAGAAAGUACCAGAAAAUAUUAUUUCGAAGCGAUCCUUCUGAACUCAUAAAAACGUACACACUCAACACCGUCACAUACGGUACUGCAUGUGCCUCUCACUUAGCGACUCGAUCAUUGCAUCAGCUCGCCGAUGAUGAGAGUGAAUCCCAUCCUCGCGCCUCUGUUAUACUUAAACGAGAUUUUUAUGUCGACGAUCUGCUUACUGGUGCAGAUACGCAUCAUGAGGCUGAAAUUAUUCGCGACGAACUAAACAGUAUAAUGAAAAAGGGUGGCCUCAACUUGAGGAAAUGGGCUUCUAAUGACCCAACUCUUAUCCUUAAUUGUGAUGCUCAUCCUAGCAUCACCAACAUGUCGCUUAAUCCAGAUACUACAAUCAAAACAUUGGGCACUCAUUGGAACUCUAAAGAAGAUGCUAUAUUUUACAGUGUAAGUAAGAUCAAGGCUACAACAGUCACUAAGCGCAGCAUUCUCUCUGAAAUAGCGCAAUUAUUUGAUCCUCUUGGUCUAUUAGGUCCGGUUAUCUAG